ACACUUUCCACCCUUUCUCUCUCACACACUCCCCAAUCAUCAUUCAGCUUUUCAAGCACUUUUUCUCGCACUAAAAACACACACACACAUAAAGUUAGGGUUUUUCAGGUCUCCUUCUCAUAAAACAUCGAUCAAUUCCCCUAAAAUGUUGUCUGAUUUCUUCUUCUACUGCCAGUAGACAUCAUUUCAAACAAAAACCCUAAAUAUUUUUUGUAAAUAAAUGACAAAAAAGGAUCUGGAUUAUAUAUAUUGUCACCUGGACCGUACAAUUUGCAGCAAACAUCUUCAGAUCACACUUCAUCCGAUCAAAACCCUAAGUGCUACAACGUUUCUGCGGUAUUCAUGUUCUCAAAAGGGUAGUUAAUCUAUGGAUUCCGUAAAGGCCACAACACUUCUCGAAGGUUCAUUGUGUUUUCACAUCUUUCUAUUCACAAUCUUACUAUCUAUUUCCUUAAAUGUAAUUGCCGAGAAGCUUCCCCCCACGUCUCAAUCAGUUAGUCUUCCUAGUUCCGGAAUCUUCCAGCCUAUAGAAAUAUCGCCUUCAGUUUUACCAAAUUACCCCUAUCUCGGGAAGGUAUUACCACCAAUGUACCCUUACUUUCCGAAAACAUACAAACCGGUAUUAACGGGAAGAUGCCCGUUUAAUUUCUCUUCUAUUUCAAACAUCAUGGAAAAAACAGCAUCAGACUGUUCUGUACUUUUAGCAUCAUUCGUAGGAAACGUAAUAUGUUGCCCGCAAUUCGCGAGUUCACUUCACAUAUUUCAGGGACAUUUCAGUAAAAAUUCCGAUAGUUUAGUUCUUCAAAACGCUACCACUGCUGACGAUUGUUUCUCGGACAUUGUCGAAGUUUUAGCCAGCAAAGGUGCAAACAGCUCGAUCCCGAACAUGUGCUCUUAUAAAUCAUUGAAUUUAACUGGUGGUUCGUGUCCUGUGAAGGAUAUAAGCACGUUUGAGAAAACGGUGAACACGAGUAAGUUAUUGGACGCGUGUAGCGUAAUCGACCCGCUUAAAGAGUGCUGCAGAUCGGUUUGCCAACCGGCAAUUAUGGAAGCUGCGUUUCAAAUUUCUUCAGCGCAAACAAUAGUUGAUAAAAGUAUGAACACGGGUUUAUCUAAUCACGUUGAUGUGUUGAAUGACUGCAAAGGGGUUGUGUAUUCAUGGCUUUCGAGAAAACUUCCAUCAGAUGCUGCAGAUACUUCCUUCAGAAUAUUAUCUGCUUGUAAAGUUAACAAAGUUUGCCCAUUGGAAAUGAAGGAGCCGGUUGAAGUGAUAAAAGCUUGUAAGAAUGUGUCUGCUCAAAGUGCUUCGUGUUGUAGUUCAUUGAAUUCAUACAUUGCGGGAGUACAAAGGCAAAUGUUGAUCACAAAUAAACAAGCAAUAAUGUGUGCAUCAUUGUUGGGGUCAAAGUUACGGAAAGGCGGAGUACUAACCGACGUUUAUGAACUUUGUGAUGUUGACCUGAAGGAUUUUAGCCUCCAAGUAGCUUAUGGAGAUGAAGGGUGUCUGCUUAGAAGUUUGCCUGCAGAUGUGGGGUAUGAUAAUUCAAGUGGUUUCAGUUUCACAUGUGAUUUAAGUGACAAUAUUGCUGCUCCAUGGCCUUCAUCGUCAUCUAUGGCAUCCUUUUCUCUUUGUGCUCCCGAGAUGUCAUUGCCUGCACUACCCACAUCAGAUACGGUAUACCCAGGCUGCAAUGGGUUGUUUUUGGAUCUCUUUAUAAUCGUACUUGUGCUUUUUAUAGUUCCUUUGAACGAUUUGUUGUAAGAGUGUUUGGAUUAGAGAUGUGGCAGAGUAUAUGUAUAUUUUCAGAGUGGUUUCCAAUGUAUAGUGUCUCCAUUUUGUUGUUAUUAUUAUAUUAUUUCCUUUUUUUUUUUCA